AUGUUUUUGGCAAGUACUCAUGCAGCCAUCAACCCAACGUCGUACACAGUGUCGCUGUACACCGCGACAGGUCCGUCUGUAUGUGGUGGCAUGCUCGUCGCCCCGCGUCAUAUCCUCACGUCGGCCCAUUGCAUUUCAUACCAGCCAUUGGUGUAUGUACAGAUUGGCGCCGAACAACGCCGCGUGAUCCAGACUGUGGUCCACCCGCAGUUCAAUACCAACACUCGGUCGUUCAACUUGGCGGUGGUGGUAUUGGAUCUGCCCAGUCGGCAGUCCACCGUCCCUCUUCGCUGGACCGACGUGGAGCUGAAAUCGCCAUCGACUGGCGACGCCACCGCGGCGUGGGUGCCCCGUGGUAGCGGGAGUGCCCUCGAGUCUGGCCUGGUCAUGGCCAAGUGCUCGCUGACGUUUCCGGAUCCGUCGAUUCUGUGUGCUCGGAGCUCCGUCAUUGGGGCCACUUGUGGCGCCGACGCAGGAAAGCCGAUAAUGGUGGAGAAUCAAGUUCACACCAUUCUAUGCCCUGGUCCUGGGAUGGUGGCCACCUGUGGAGAGGACUCGGGGAAGCCGCUGGUAGUGAACGAUCUAGUGGUCGGCGUGGCGGGGGUCGGGUGCACGGCCAACUCGGCGGCUGGAAACGGGGCCACGUCCAUGUUUGCAAGCGUUUCUAAGGCUCAAAGCUUCAUUGAACCGUAUUUGCAACCGGUGGCCAACGCCGACCCCACACGUCCCCCUCGCCCGACCUCCGACGACGACAAUGAAUACAUUCGUCCAUCGCGAGAUCCGAUAUUCGCCUAA